UUAUUCCGUUGCAGCAAAGAGCGGUCACACUGCAAAUUUUGCAAGCAGCCUUCUCCAAAUAAAAGUUAAGAAAAGUGAAAAAAUUGAAAUCAAAAAAAAAUUAAUGGCACACAAGCGUCUGUUGGUCUACGCUGUGCUGUUGGCGAUAUGUUAUUUGGUUGGCGUGACAUGGGCUGAGACUGCAGCGCAGACGUUGCCAGUGGGUGGCAGCAACAACAACAAGAACAACACCCAGCUGAGCGCUUCACCUGCGGCUUCAUCGGUUCCAGUGGCACCCGCCAAGCAGGCGGGCGCCAGUCCAGGUUCCACUGCGGCACCUCUGCCCAACGUCAUCGGCAAGUCUCCGCUCGCUGCUCCCAGCCAGAGUUCUUCCAAUACCAGCAGCGCGGCAACGCCGUCUACCGAAUGUGUAUGUGCUGGUGCUCUACUGCCUCGCCUGGACGCCAAUGGCAAGGAACUACCGAUAUGCGCGGAGUGCAAGUGCUCCCAUGUGGCGAGAAAUACGACUCUGAUCAAGGUCGUGGUCAUCAUUGUAAUUUGGAUCAUCUCCAUUUUAGUGAUAUACAUGCUCUUCCUGAUGUGCCUGGACCCGUUGCUGAACAAGCGAGUGAAGGCGAAUUACCAGGAGCACACCAACGAAGAUGACGAGCCGACGCCGCCUCUACCUGCAGUAAAUAACCAGGAGCUCAGUGCCAGAGCAAAUGUGCUCAAUCGCGUGGGCCAUCAGCAGGACAAGUGGAAGCGGCAGGUGCGCGAGCAGAGGCGCCACAUUUACGACCGGCACACCAUGCUGAAUUAAGAAGCCUUUUGGAUAACACAUGGGACGAGCAUGGGCGACUUAAGACACGUAUUCCAAGCAGCAAUCCUUUGAAGAAUUCCACAUUCGGAUCAAAUUUAUUAUAUGUAUGUUUGUUUAGCCAGAAUUAUUAAUUUAAUUAAAUUAUGUACCCAAAUUGA